CUUCCUCUCCGGUUGGGUCCUGUCCGGAGCCCGAACCCCCCGAUGGCGGCAUCCCGGGCCGAGUCGGAGCCACUGCUGGGUCGCGUCGGGCCUGGUGCUGUGGCCAGGUGGAACCUGUGCAUUGACCAGGCUGUGGUCUUCAUUGAGGAUGCCAUCCAGUACCGAUCCAUCAAUCACCGCAUGGAUGCCAGCUCACUGUGGCUUUACCGAUGGUAUUACUCGAGUGCGUGCCAGCGGGCUCUGGGCUUCACCAUUUUCUUGGUCCUGGCUUUGGCCUUCAUUGAGACACCUUCGUCGCUCACCAGGACGGCGGAUGUGCGCUUCCGUGCCCCGCCCUGGGAGCCGCCCUGCGGCCUGACGGAGGGCAUCGAGGCGCUCUGCCUGCUCGUCUUCGUGGCCGACGUCUCGGUGAAGGGUUACCUGGUUGGGUGGGCCCAGUUCCGGAGCAACCUCUGGCUGCUGGCCUACCUCGUGGUGUUGGUCGUGUCUCUGGCGGACUGGGCGGUGUCGCUGAGCCUCCUGUGUCAGGAGCGCCUGCGCGUCCGCCGGCUGCUGCGGCCCUUCUUCCUGCUGCAGAACUCGUCCAUGAUGAAGAAGACCUUGAAGUGCCUCCGGUGCUCGCUGCCGGACAUGGCCAGCGUAGGGCUGCUGCUGGCCAUCCACCUGGGCAUCUUCACCAUGUUUGGCAUGCUGCUGUUUGCUGGCGAGAAGGACGAGGGGCAGGACAGAGAGAGGCUGACCUACUUCCGGAACCUUCCUGAGGCCCUGACUUCUCUACUGGUGCUGCUGACCACAGCCAACAACCCUGAUGUGAUGAUCCCCGCGUAUUCCAGGAACCGGGCCUACGCCCUCUUCUUCAUCCUCUUCACGCUGAUAGGAAGCUUGUUUCUGAUGAACCUGCUCACGGCCAUUGUGUACAACCAGUUCCGGGGCUACCUGAUGAAGUCUCUUCAGAUGUCGCUGUUCCGGAGGCGGCUGGGGACACGGGCCGCCUUUGAGGUCCUGGCCUCCGUGACAGGGGACGAGGGAACCUCCAUGCAGGGAGUGGGGGUGAAGUGCCAGGAUUUGCUGCAGGUGCUGUACAAGGCCCAUCUGGACAGUGCACACAGACGGGCCAUUGAGGAGAAGGUGCGCUGCCAUGAAGGUGGCCUGCUGUCAGCCGAGGAGUUUCAGAAAGUCUUUGAUGAAGUUGACAGACGUGUGUUGAAGGAGCACCCGCCGAGGCCCUGCUACCGGUCCCCGUUCCUGCAAAGCGCUCAGCGCGUCUUCGGCCACCAUUACUUGGACUACUUGGGCAACGCCGUCGUCCUGGGGAACCUCGUGUCCAUUUGUGUGUUCCUGGUGCUGGAUGCGGAUGUGCUCCCCCAUGACCGUGACGACUUUGUCCUGGGGAUUCUCAAUUUCGUCUUCAUCCUCUACUACCUGCUGGAGACACUGCUCAAAAUCUUCGCCCUGGGCCCCUGGGGUUAUCUGUCCUACCCCAGCAACGCCUUCGACGGCCUCCUAACCCUUGUCCUGCUGGUGUUGGAGAUCUCCACCCUGACCGUGUAUGGAUUCCCACACCCAGGCUGGAGGCCGGAGCGGCAGGGCCUGCUGUCGCUGUGGGACAUGGCCCGGCUGCUGAACAUGCUCAUUGUCUUCCGCUUCCUACGCAUCGUUCCCAGCAUGCAGCCGAUGGCCGUGGUGGCCAGCACCAUACUGGGCCUCAUCCAGAACCUACGGGCCUUCGGUGGGAUCCUGCUGGUGGCCUAUUAUAUAUUCGCCAUCAUUGGCAUCAGCCUGUUCGAAGGUGUCAUCGUGGCCCCGUCUGGAAAUGGCAGCCUGGCCCCUGCCAAUGGUUCGGCACCAUGUGGGAGCUUCGAGCAGCUGGAGUACUGGCCCAACAACUUUGAUGACUUCGCUGCUGCGCUAAUCACGCUGUGGGACUUGAUGGUUGUCAACAACUGGCAGGUGUUCCUGGAUGCCUUCCGGCGCCAUGCAGGCCCGUGGUCGAAGAUCUACUUUGUGUCCUGGUGGUUAGUGUCGUCUGUCAUCUGGGUCAACCUGUUCCUGGCCUUGCUCCUGGAGAAUUUCCUGCACCGCUGGGACCCCCGUGCUCAGCAGCCCUUGGCCGGCGCCCGGGAGGCUGCCCAUCUGGUUUCUGCCGAACUCAUGUUCAGGGAGGUCCUAGAGGAGCCGCAAGAGGAGGAGCUGCUGGACAGGCUGCGCCAGCAUCCACACCUGCGGCUGUGCAGGUGACACCAGGGAGGCCUUCCUGGUGGAGGCAUCAGGAAGCAGGUGCCAGUAGGGCCUGGCAGCAAGAGCCUGUGCCCUGGACAGACCGCCCGCCCGGGGGCCCGCACUGCUUCUGGGCCAUGUGUCCGUCAGAC